AACGCCUUUAGAUUGUAUCCCUUCAAAAGUAUUCUAAAACCAAAACAGGGUUUAUGCAACAACCAAUACACAAAGAAGGGUUUAUAGAAAAGAUGAAGUUAUUCGAGGUGAAAAAAGCAUGGAGCAGCAGCGUUAGAAUCGGAGCACUCGAAUUCGGAAACUGCUCCAUAGAAACACCCGCUCUUCUCUUAUCAACCCGCAAAGGUCUCCCUCAUUUCACACCUCCUGAUCUUCUUCCUUCUCUCCCCUCUCCCGAUUCUCAUCUCCUUCAAGUCUCGCCACUCCACUUUUUGGAAGGACUUUCUCCGGCGACUAUAGCGAAAAUCGGAGGGGUUCAUAAAUUGAUUGCUUUGCAUGAUUAUGGAAUUGCUGCUGUUGCUAGGGAUUCUAUUUAUUCGCUCCCGGAAUCUAAGGGAGCUAACAAAUUUGGUGCCACUUUCGAGACUCCGUGUGGUAGGCUAUUGGUUAAACCCAAAGAUUAUCUUGUAAUGAUAUCUUGCAUGAGGCCAAACAUAUGGGCUACUUUGGCUGAUGAGGUACCUGCUUGGGUGUCAGAUAAAAGGAACAAAACCUCGGUGGAUAGAACUUUGAGAUGGCUUGACGAUUGCCUGGAAUUGGAUCCGGCUGUUGGAUCAGUUUUUGGUGCCAUAGUGGGGGGCCCAAGUUUGGAUGAAAGAAAGCGAUGUGCAGAGGAGGUAGCCAAGCGAAAUGUAGCAGGUUAUUGGAUUGGUGGAUUUGGUCUUGGAGAGGCCAUUGACGAGCGACCUGCUCUUCUAUGUGCUAUUGUUGAUGUCUUGCCAAAUGAAAAGCCGCGCAUGAUCUGUGGUCUUGGACUCCCAGAGGAGAUCUUGCAGGGGAUUGCUGCUGGAAUUGAUCUUUUUGACUCAUCAUACAUCUAUACCCUCACACUUGGAGGAUUUGCGCUAACCUUUUCACUGGACAAGAAUGGGAAUCAAGAUAAUUUUCAGCCAAGUCAGAUUGGAAGUGACUCGAGUAAAAUUAAUUUGCGAGCGACAGUUUAUAGGAAAGACAUGUCUCCGAUUUUAGGAGACUGCACCUGUCAUACAUGCCAGAAUUAUACAAAAGCAUACAUCAAUCACCUAUUCAAUACUCAUGAAAUGCUGGCACAAACUCUGCUAGAAAUCCACAAUACACACCACUAUCUUAGGUUCUUUCGUGUGAUAAGAGAAGCAAUCCAAGAGGGGAGGUUUGAGGAAUAUCGACAGACAUUCAUCGAAAGCAGGCGCGGGCAUUAUGAAAGGGUUGUGGUCUGUGGAGAUGUAGGGUGGUUUGACAGAAUAUCACGGUUUGUUUUUAAGUGCUGUGCGUUUUAACUGACAUUAUCCUGUUGGGAACCUAUGUAUCUUUGAGUUCAUAGAAAUUUCAGAGUAAAAAUAGGGCAUAGAAAUUCUGACAAAGGUCGAUUACAUAGUCUACGUUAGGUUGAGACUAGAUUCUUUUUUUAUUUAAAAAUUAUGAAGUCAAAGUUUUGUAAGGGAGUUGCUAUUUGCACCCUCCUGUUUUUUCUUAAUUUUUCCCACUCUUUGCCUAAAUAUAUUAAUUUUUUUCUCGA